CGAAAAUCCCAUCACUGUUCGACACUACACAGCCGGAGUUCUCCAGACACGGCAUAGUUUACCUUAUUGACACACCCACUGUUUGCCAGUUUAAUCACUAGCUAACCUCUCUAACCGGUAGCAACAGCACAGAGCUCGAGUUAAGCCGUGGCUGAAGAACUACGGGUCUGACAGGAGCGGUAUCACACCCUGUCAGCGUCAGGUGGUGCUUCGGAUACAUUUUACCGUGAUUUUUUUUUUUACAUGUUCUGUUUAAUGGCGUGUCUGUCACGCUGUCGUGUGUCAUUAGCUUCGUAGCAGCUAACACGCUAACGUCAGAUAAACCGCAACCCAACAGAGUUAAUGCGAUCUACUGUGUGAUCUCUAAAUACCCGCCUACAUCCGUAUCAUUAUGCUAGUCUGGCUGCUCCGCUGCUGAGAGCUGCAGCGUCAUGCUAAUGUUUACUGGAGCUGUUUAAUCAAACUGAACCCACAAUCAAGACAGUCAUCUUAUCUUCCAGCGUUAACCACGGACUGGUGUAGAGUUUAACCUAUUAACCAGCGGCGGGGUCUCCUCCUGCAUGAUGAGUGGUGGUGAUCUGAACCCAGCUGCAGUGCCUCUGCCAGUCGAGGAUCGACAGGGUGAUGGACGGUGGAUGUCACAGCAUACAAGAUUUGUGCAGGAGUGCAAAGAUGGCGAACCAGAGGUUCUUUUUGUAGGGGACUCAAUGGUGCAACUAAUGGAGCAGUAUGAGAUCUGGAAGGAGAUGUUCUCUCCUCUUCAUGCACUUAAUUUUGGUCUAGCCGGUGACACCACCUGUAAUGUGCUGUGGAGGCUGCAGAACGGCGAGCUAGAGAACAUCCGCCCAAAGGUGGUGGUUUUGUGGGUGGGAACCAACAAUCACGACCACACAGCAGAGCAGGUUGCAGGAGGAAUUGUUGCCAUCGCACAACUACUCACUAACCGCCUUCCCAAAGCUAAGAUUGUUGUCCUGGGUUUGUUACCCCGCGGAGAGCAGCCCAACCCGCUGAGGGAGAAGAAUGCCACAGUCAACAGGCUCCUGCGCUCCUGGCUGCCACGGCUGGGCCAGGCUCUGUUCUUGGACGUGAGCAACGAAUUUCUCCACUCCGAUGGGUCCAUCAGCUCCCAGGACAUGUUUGACUACCUCCACCUGACUCCAACAGGUUACAACACCCUUGCCAAGCCUCUCAGCGACCUGCUGCUUCAGAUACUGGAGGAGACGCCCGAGGAGAGAAGGGCGUCGCUGGUUUAAGGGCUGUGAGUCCACCAGGAGAAAUGUCUGACUUGGAGUAGGAGAAGGGGAUCUAGAGCUGGGAGUGGAGGAAGACGCUAUGCCUGACAUAGACACUGAUUGCAUUAGGAAACUGUAAGUUCAAUUCACUGCAGAUGCAGAUGGAAAAAAAAAAACAUUGUACAAUGUCUGACAUUGAGCCGUAGUUCUGAAUAUAAAUAUAAAUCUGGAAAAAUGAAGAAAAAAAUCUUUUUUAAAUUUUCAUUACCUCACCUUUGACUGUUUUGAUGAGCAAACUAAGCGAUCUGAAGUAAAGCCAUCCAGUCACUUGGAAAGCCGCAGACCUCCUUUCUGGUUUACGUUCUAUUGUAAACUUCUUGGUGUCUAAAAAUGGAUCAAAAACAUUACUAACCCGUACAGUUGCAAUAUAAAUCGUAUGUAUAUAUUUGAAACUGUGGUAUAUGUAUAGUUCUGAAUCUGUUAAAUGGAGACAAUCCACAUGAAAUUAAAGCAAAGCACCAAUUUCUUUGCCUUUUAAAGCUCACAGUAGUUGUGUGUUUUAUCAUUUAACUCUGGAGAAAGAAGUGUUCAAACGCAGAACUAGCAAUCCAAAACUAAAUCACACUGAUACCAACGAUGAGUGUUUGUAAACUCCUGUAAAGAAUUGGAAAAAGCUGCAUUUGGACAUUCAUCAGAAUGUCUCACUGUUUUACUCAUGGUCAAACGGGAUGCUAGCGCAGCAGCAUGUGUGCUGAAGUGAACUUCGACUGUGUCGUUAGAAAUUAAACACACACAGCCAACCAGCAUCCUGCAAACUCCCAUAUUAGUGACACGGUGGCAUUCAGUCUUCCAAACACCAUCUGUGAAAUGUGAAGCUUCUUUCCCAUCCAGCACAGUGAUUUACAUCGUAUUCACAAAGUUAAAUAGUAAUUUAACAUCUUUGUAAGUGCAUUUAAAAUCAGUAUGGGCACAGAUUUAAAUGUACUGCUUGCUCUUACAAAGAUAAAGAAAAGUAUGCAUGUAGUCGUUGCUACUGUUGUUUUUCUCCUGUUGUGUUUCUUCCUCCUGUGUGCAGUUUGUUUGACAUAUAGACAUGUGCCGGUUCAUUUUUUUUAGUUCCACAGCACACAAAUAAGAAGGGGAAAAAAAGGAAAGAAAAUAGUUAUUAUCUACACAAAAUUACCUAUUAUUACAAUUAUAUUACAACAUUUUUGUUGUUCUGAUGCAUAAACAGAUCAGAUCAAAAAUACAUUUUGUUGUAUUUUUCAGAAUGCUAUAUCUUUUCACUUUUCUGCUCUUUGAAGAGUAAAUUAAGAAUAAUAAACUGAUAUUGGGUGCUUAGUGUGGCUAUCUACUCCACUAUAGCCUCCAGUCAGCUGCUCAGUGUUCUUAGUGCAAACGCUUCCCAAAUUAGUUUUUUUUCCCCUAAUGGUUGAAUAAGUCUUUCAGCCAGCUGACCAGCAGUGGGACAAGCUUGUACCACAAUAUAGAUAAAAAAUUCUCUGGAGCCUCUUUAAAGAGACUUUCAACCACAGGAUUGAUAUGAUGGAAUUAGUCAUUUUGAUAGGUUUUUAAAAUCCUAGUGCACCUAGACUUUUUUUAUGUGGCCCAUGUCUUGUUUGUUUCAACAUAUUUUACUAAUACACACAAAUAUUUGUCUAUCUCUGUUUUUUUUUCCCCCAGUCAGAUUUAUUCAUUAUUGAUUUAUUUGUUCCUGACCCACAUGUAAAUGACUUCCUGUGACCUGUUCAUUGUGUUUUUGCUAACAAGUGUUUUUUAGGUAAAAGGUUGAACUAUAUUCGAUAAGAUCACUCUAAAUGCUAAAAGCAAUCACCAGUAAAAAAAACAUACAGAAUAAUUUGUCUGUGAGCUAAUGCUGCAGCCCCUGUUGCACUUUGAGUUGUCCGGCAUUACUGCUGUUUUAUGCACUUGCACGUGUGUGUGUUGCAUGUAAAUAGUCGGCGUGUGUGUGUGUGUGUCUUAAGUAUGUACACCGAGUCUGGUGCUGGUUUGUGUGUGUAGAAAGGAGCCUUGUUGUGUUUAAGGGAUCGUCAGAUUGUGGGAUAUUUGCUCUGUUAUGGCUUGUCAUGUUCCUGAAUUAAAACAUUCCAGUAAAGAGGAAUCCAACCUUGGGCUUUCUGCUCCUGAUUGGAAAAUCAUGAUAUCUCGCAUGACUGGGUAAUUUGAUUCUAAUAAUAAUAUUUAAAAAAGAAGGUCCAGGUUUAUUGUGCGCAGCGCAGCGUGAAUGAGUUACAGUCGCCACCAGAAUGAACCGUUUUGUCAGGGAAGCAAAUUGGCAGAGACACUAAUAAGGCCCUUUGCUUGUUCCUUGUCUCUUCUCUUUUAGUCAGAGAGUUCCUCAUUACUGGAUUAAUUUGCUUUCACCAAGUUUAUCUGUCGUACGCUGUAAUGAUUCUGCAGCACUCGGAGGCGCUGUCGAUUCAUCUUUAAUUGGCCUCAUUAAACAGUUAGGCAUGCAGGGGCGAUCACGAUGGCUGCCUCGUUGUAAAACACAGAGAUAAUAAACCAUUUUCCUCAUGUU